CAUUUCACUAGUUACAGACAGUCAGGUCAGCAAUGAAGACAUUUCUGCUGUUAGCCUUUGCUGGCUUUGUUCUCGCUGUGGGUCUCGCAGUUCCGUUCAGUGAAGAUGAUCUGGAAUCGCAAGAAAAUGAGUUAAAGGACAUAGCUGAAGACUAUGGAGAAGAGGACCAAGAUGAAAGUGAUGACGAAAUGGACCCGGAAGAUGAGUUUGAUGAUGACGACGAUGAUGAUGAAGGUGUGGAUGAAGACAACAGUGAACCCGAUAACGAAGAUGAAGUCACUGCAGUGGAAAAGUCAUCCGACCCAAUCUUUAAACCCGCCCGUCGAUUCCGUUCUCGAUUUCGUCCUCGAUUCCGUCCUCGUUUCCGUCCGCGUUUCCGUCCUCGUUUCCGUCCUCGUUUCCGCCCUCGCUUUCGUCCCCGUUUCCGAUUUCGCCGUGGUUAACUUGAGGAAAUAACUGACAUUACACUAAAUCUGGUCCAGCUAUGAGGCACGAAAGCAGAAGCAAAGCAAAGAUUACACGACUGUUUAAAUUUACAUAAAUAUCUAUGUGAAAUUUGUAUUUCAAAUGGCUUCUGUAAAAGUAAAUCGAACAAUAAAGUAAUGCCCACUUUGAGAACUU